AAAGAUAUUACCAAAAAUUAAGAGAUGUUCAGUGAUAUUUUCCAACUUCUUUAAAACAGGGAUUGUAAAAAUGAGAAAUUAUGAAUUUCGAAUUCGGUUUUUCCAACUUUUGUCGAUCUUCAAGCAGUUAAGAAUCAGAUCUGACAUUUGCGUCGUUCAAGGUUCGCGGCCAAGAUUGCUUCAACGCCUUGUUGCCGAUUCAAUUGUUGCUCGACUCUGCACCGUCGAGAUAUGCUUUCAAGGCUUCUUUCCCUUCAAGACGUGAGUCUUGUUUCUUCAAGAUUUGUAUCGCGAAUCGAUGAUCAGGUAUUGCUAUGCGACGAGAAUGGAAUCUUCAACUUUCAAUUUAUUUUCUUCGUCCCCUCUUUAUCGUCCUCGUACGCGUCUACCUUUAUUGUUACAUAGGCUUUCUCAUCCAAAUAAGUAAUACUUCUUCCAGGAUUCGAUUAUCAUAUUCAUAAGUUCCGUAUAUACUCGUCUCAUUUUCUAUGCAAAUUGAAAGCCGAGUAUAUCGGUAUAUUUCAAUAUAUUUUAGGAAUUCGGAUAAUGGCGGAUAAAUUUUGAUAUCUCGUCCCAUUCUCGAAAUUUUAAUUAAGGAAUAACUGGAAAAAAUGAAAAAAAAAAGAAAUUUUAAUUUUUUAGAGCAAAGAAACGAGCGAUUGCGAAUUGAUUCGAUGUUACAAUACCUGAAGCCAAAUAUCUUCUUGACAACUCGUCAGUGAUAAAUGCUCAGCACUGUUCUAUAUAUUUUACCAAAUAUUUAUACACAUUUUUCGAGAUAUAAUUCACGCGAAGAGAGAAACGAACGAAUCUUGUUUUGAUUUUAGAUCGUGAAAGCAGCAAAGAUUGGACGAUCUUUAACGAUCGCAAAUUAGAGAUAUUAUUUCACGAAAUAUGGAACGAACAGAAACUUUAGAACAAAUAUCACGUACCUUAAGAUUCUUCGUGAUUACAGCAAACACAAUAUUUCUUGUAAGAAGAAUUCAUCGAUAAUACUUUCUUCGAGCUCGACAUAUUUUUUUAUCAAUCUCCCGACACGAAAGUCCAAGUCUCUUUCGUUCGAAGUUUCGAAGACGAAGGGAAGAUGGACGAACUUUUUCCAUUUCCCGCUUUCUUCGAUCUUUCGUUGUCGGUUGAGUCGAAACGGUUCAACAAAUCACAGGUUUCUUUCGUUUCAAGUUGUUCUCGAAACAAAGUUGCGUGAUUACGGCUAUUAAAAGUUUCGAUGGGGUUUUUCGGAAUGCAUUCGAUCGCGGGAAUGCGUAAUGAAGGAAACGAAAGGGGUGCGCGGCGGAUUCGUUCGUCCAAUCGUUCCCGUCCAAGCGUGACGAAUCGAAUAAUCGAGAUAAUCCUUGCGUGAUAAUUUUUAAAGUUUUCCAUAAAAGUUUAUCCAAUUCUCGUGAUAUUUUCUCACGAAAAUAUGCUCGUCCGCUUUUGAUCGUUCGAUAUAUUUAUAAGAUUGUUGAAAAAAGGGAAGAAUGGAGUUCGCGAUGGGAUGGAAUCGCUUUAAUUUGACGUUGCUCGGCGUUUACCCGGAACCGAGGAAGAUGUCGAAAAACUCGCGAUUAAUGUCGAGCCUGAUAUUCUGGUUCACGACUCUCGUAACGUUCACGUUUAUCUGCGCCCCCCAAACGGCGAAUUUGAUACUGAAAUCGACUUCUUUGGACGAGGUGAUCGAAAACCUGUCGAUCAAUAUACCGAUCGUCUUUGCACUGGUCAAGCAAAUUGUUUUGCGAUACUAUAAAAAAGCUCUUACCCAACUGGUGGGCGAAAUGUUGGCCGAUUGGAGCGAGCCGAUCGGCGACCGUGAUCGCGAAACGAUGCUGAGGACCGCGAGAAUCGGCCGAGCUAUAUCGAUCGUGUGCUCCACACUCACGUAUUUCAUGCUUUUCGCCUUCGUCUCCCUUCAAAUUUGGAGCAACGCGGAGAACGCGUCGGAGGCGGAUCUCGGCGGGCUUCUUCACCCGGCCACGUUCCCUUACGAGACCGGCAAAAGCCCCAAUUUCGAGAUCACCUGGCUCGGCCAGUUCGUGGGCACGGUUUUAACCGCGAUAUGCUACUCCUGCUUCGACACGUUCCUCGCGGUUCUCGUGUUACACUUGUGCGGCCAAUUAACCGUUCUUAGAACGGCUCUCGGGGACCUGGUCAACCUGGCCGCGAGGAGGAACGGUUAUAAAACGUUCGAGGAACGUCUCAGAUCCAUCGUGAACAGGCACAACCACUUGUCCAGGUUUGCCGUGAUGGUGGAAGAUUGUUUCAACCUCACGUUGCUCGUUCAAACAUUGAUCUGCACGGCGAUGUUCUGUUUGACCGGAUAUCGUAUGAUAACCUCCGUAGACCGGGAGGAGGCGGAUGUGCCGAUAGUUGGAAUGAUAUUUUUCAUCAUACACGUGAUCUACACCAUGCUGCACCUCUUUAUUUAUUGCUACGUGGGAGAAACUCUUCUUGGACAAAGUACCGGCGUUGGCCAGUCAACGUACGAUUGCAAUUGGUACGAUUUACCAUCGAGACACGCCGUUUUAUUAAUAAUCGUGAUACGCCGUGCAAACGAGUCGUUUCAAAUAACAGCUGGAAAAUUCAGCCCGUUCUCCCUUGAACUUUUCAACGCUGUGAGUCGAAACGUGAUCCUCUUCGGAACAUCUUUGAAAUUUCUAAUGUUCAAUUCAAACGUUUCCUUACGUCAGGUAUUGAAAACAUCGGCUGGAUACCUUUCCGUGUUGCUGGCAAUGAAAGAUAGACUGGUCGAAGAGAAAUAACACGGAUGUGGAUCGAAACGAUCGCUUCUUUUUAUCUUAUAUUAUUAUAAUUAAAAACGCACCACUCUGAUUAUCCGAAUAAAACUGUUUUGAUAUGUA